AUGGAACUCGUUCUGGCUACCAUCCUAUUCAUCCUCCUUCCUGGAGCCCUUCUGCAGAGUGAGAGCUCCCCAGCUGUGUCCUACAGCCUGUCCCUCAUGAGAGACAGUGGCAUCAAUCUGGAUUCAGUGUGUGGACGUCCUAGGGCAUCAGGCCGCAUCGUGUCGGGGCAGAAUGCCCAGGUGGGCGAGUGGCCUUGGCAGGUUAGCCUGAGGGAAUCUGGGGAACAUGUGUGUGGAGGUUCUCUGAUUGCCGAGGACUGGGUGUUGACAGCUGCCCACUGUUUCAACCAGGACCCGUCUGCCUACACAGUACUGCUGGUCUCCAUCUCCUCCUAUCCUGGGGUCAAUGAGUCUGGGAAAGUGAGUGAGGUGGCUGAGUAUAUCAAGUAUCCAGGCUACUCAGAGAAGGAUGGUAGCGGAGACAUUGCUCUGGUGCGACUGGCUUCAUCCAUCUCCUUUGAUGACCUCAUCCUUCCAGUCUGCCUCCCCAAACCCAGAGACCCCCUGGAUCCUGGCACCUUGUGUUGGGUCACUGGCUGGGGGUACACUGCCAUGAAUCAAAAACUCGUACCACCUUUUAUCCUGCAGGAGCUGGAAGUGCCUCUCAUCGAUGCCCAGACCUGUAAUUCUUACUACCAGGAGAACUCCAUCUCCAGCCAGGAGACCAUCAUACAUGAGGACAUGCUGUGUGCCGGCUUUAAGGAAGGCGGGAAGGACGCCUGUAAUGGUGAUUCUGGAGGUCCCCUGGUCUGUGACAUUAGUGGUGUCUGGACCCAGGCAGGGGUGGUGAGUUGGGGAUCUGGGUGUGCCCAACCCAACAGGCCGGGUGUUUAUGUCAACGUCAGCAUCUACACCUCAUGGAUUGUGAACAGGAUGUGGAACUCAGAUCCAGAUGAAAGAAACUUCUCUCCCAGCCUUUCAGGAACCUCACUCUCUGGCCUGUUGUUCCUGGGACUGCUGGGUAGCAUCCUCAUCUUCCUGGGGUUUGCCAGGGGGUGCCAAGUGGUGGGAGAGGUGGCCAUGGGCGCGCGGGGCAAGACGUUGGUGCUGCUGCUGGUAAUGGUGGCGAUGGCGGUGACACAGUCACCGUUGUUGCAGGAUUCCGAGAAACCGGAACUACAGGAAAUCGACCCAUUGUCAGGGCCCUGUGGCCACCGGACCACCAUUCCCUCACGUGUGGUGGGUGGUGAUGACGCAGUGCUUGGGCGCUGGCCGUGGCAAGGGAGUCUACGCGUAUGGGGCAGCCACAUAUGUGGAGGGACUUUGCUCAACCGUCGCUGGGUACUUACAGCUGCCCACUGCUUCCAAAAGUAUAAUGAUCCUUAUGAAUGGUCAGUCCAGUUUGGUGAGCUGAGUGUCUCACCGUCUCUCUGGAACCUGCAGGCCUACUCCAACCGUUACCAAGUGGAAGACAUCUUUCUGAGCCCCAAGUACCUGGGGCUGUAUCCCUAUGACAUCGCCCUGCUGAGGCUGUCCUCUUCUGUCACCUACAAUAACUACAUCCAACCCAUCUGCCUCCUGAACAACACAUUCAAGUUUGAGAACCGAAAUGACUGCUGGGUGACUGGUUGGGGGGACAUCGGAGAGGAUUCAAGUCUGCCAUCUCCUGAAACUCUCCAGGAAGUACAAGUGGCCAUCAUAAACAACACUAUGUGUAACCACCUAUUCCAAAAGCCAGAUUUCCACCGAAACAUCUGGGGAGACAUGGUUUGUGCCGGCAAUCCUGAAGGUGGCAAGGAUGCCUGCUUUGGUGAUUCAGGAGGACCCUUAGUCUGCGAUCAGGAUACAGUGUGGUAUCAGAUUGGAGUUGUGAGCUGGGGAGUGGGCUGCGGUCGGCCCAACCGGCCUGGUAUCUACACCAACAUCAGUCAGCACUACAGCUGGAUUCGGUUGACCAUGAUGCGCAAUGGUGUGUCCAGGCCUGAUCCAGUCCCACUGCUGCUACUGCUGCUACUCUUUGCUCUAGGCUCCCUGACUGCUGAGGCCUGCCUGAGCCCACCUGACCUGUAA